UGGUUGUAUAAGUGUUACAGCAGGGCAGUGAAUGCCUGCGCUUAUUACCAGCGCUGACUGAGACACGCACACACACACACGCACACAGGGAGCUUCACAAGCAGCAUGCAUUAACUCUGUGUACCAUGGAAUUCUGGACUAGUGACCAGUGAAGCUUUGAGCUGAAGGAACAGCGUAGCAGCUUGGUGGCUCACGACUUUAGUGAGUGUUUCCUGGCUUGAAUGCGACUCGAUUGCAGCUGGAGCAUGUCCAUUGCAGGCUUGACUGCCCAGGAGAUUUAUUUACCCCCGCAAAGCCUCUUCCUGCAUAGCAGUCAAUGCCAUAGCAUGUCCAGAGCCAAGCCCUCCUGGAAAUAUGACCAUGAUCUUGACAACUUCUACUUCAGUGUCGAUGCCCCUGUAAAUUGUCAUGUCGAAUCCAGGCAGCAGGUGCCAUCGUUCUUAACCGGAGACAAACACAGAGUCCAUUCCUAUUCCCUGCAGAGUCCUGGAGCCCAACCGUUGCCUCCCCGACCCACACAGCUGUGCAUCUCCUCCACGUUUGUCCCUAACACCACCAGCCCUGUUGAAGAUGACCAGGUGGUCCCUGGCUUGCAACGUCUCUCUGUAUCUGACCAUAUCUCCCCUCCUCAGACACCUAGCCGGGCAGCGAAACCUCUUCCCCCAAUUCCUUCCUCUGUGGACUUCUCCCCUGACCAGACUGUGGACAAUGAUGUUGAGUUCUUUACUGGAGAUGACAGUUGUUGUUUGGUAUCCGAUUCUAGUCCGAAACCUUCUCACUUCCGGUAUGGUAUGCAAAGCCGACGGAGUUUUAGGGACAGUGGACAAAUCAAUUAUGCCUAUUUUGAAGGGCCAGUACCCCAUCAAAGGAAGCAACAGCAGCAGUCAAAGAAAAAGCACGAACAUGAGUCUCAGGAAAGCCUUCUUCCACAGCAAAGGGAACCGGAUCAGCAUCAGCAGAAAGCGACACGGCUGCAGCAGCAGGAUCGGACCCAACCCAAGCUACGACGCUCCCACUCAGGUCCUGCAGGCUCCUACAAUAAACCAGCCAUCCUGCGGCUGUCCUAUCAUCACCAGAACACCCAAGACCUGGACAAACCUGAAGUCCCUCCUCGUGUCCCUAUUCCCCCCAGGCCCAUCAAGACAGGCGACUACCGUCGCUGGUCAGCAGAGGUCACCUCUGGGACAUGCAGCGAUGAUGACCGACCUCCUAAAGUACCCCCUAGAGAACCUUUGUCCAGCAACAUGCCCUGUGCACUGAGCCCCAAGAGCCUCCCUAUUUACCUCAACGGGAUCAUGCCGCCUACCCAGAGCUUUGCCCCGGACCCCAAAUAUGUGAGCCGAGGUCUGCAGAGGCAGAACAGCGAGGGUUCCCCGUGCAUUUUACCCAUCAUGGAAAACGGCAGGAAGGCCAGCUCUACGCACUACUUCCUGCUCCCGCAGCGUCCUGCCUAUCUCGACAAACACGAAAAGUACUUUGUGGACAGUGCUGCAAGUCAAAGGACUGAGGUGUUGCGCUCCAGUCCGGACUGGUCAUGUGACAGCAAGAAGAAAACGCACUCAGAUCUUGUUUAAGACUAUGUUGCUAGUAGUCAGGUAUUGCUUUGAAGAUUGCUGCUUCUGUGGUCGGCGGCAAGCCGCAGAGCGUCGCAGGUGAAACUGUGGAGGGACGUUGAGUCAGUAGAGCAUCUGUUCAGUUCGUGUUGAACAUUAAAUAUGAAGUACACUGAGGCCGAGUUAUUUUAUGGCCGGAUUGAAGGAUAUUCCAUAUGAAACCUGACUGUUCCUUUGGGAAUAAAUAGGCAUGAAGUUGGAAAUGUAUGCCGUUUAGACUUCUGGAUCACUAUUGCUCUUAGCUGUUGUAUGAAAACGUGUGUGUGUGUGUGUGUGUGUGUGUGUGUGUGUGUGUGCAUACAGAUGGCCUGUCUUUGCGGCUUACCUUCUGUCAAUUUUGAUUGUAAAAUCUACAGUGUGUAUGUUACAUAGGAAAGGCUUAAAUGUAGCAUUUGUCUUAAUCAUUGUGCAUGGACAAUAUUUGCAAUUUCGCAGUGCUUCACAUUCAGGAAAAGCAGCCACCCCUUUUUUUUUUUUUUUGUCUGAAAACAGGCAUCACACAAACUUUUAAAGGUAGACUGGCUUUCAGAUUUUUCAAGUGUAGGUCAUUAAAAGAAUUUUCCUGACACCCAAUUAUUUUUGUUUAGUGGACCGAAAGCUACUGAAUUUGAAUCACAGACUUCCAAUUUUAUUACGUUUUUUAAAAAUGGAACAAUUAAUGAGUUUAGAUCCACAUUGUCCGCUGUUUUUUUCCUGCUUCACCAUGACCCAAUUCAAGAUACUAUGCCAUACAUCACGUGGUGGGCUUUCCCCGUUCACGCAAGGCAUUGUGGGAUACAAAUUUGAAACAGGAGAGAAAAAUGGAGGACGUGAGUGUGCGAAUGAAACGUGAAAGACCGACUACAGUAACGGAAAGAAAGCGAGAAGAAGAAAAGACGUUAUGCUAUAUACGAAGGAAAGGAAACGCAGGACCAAACUAAUAAAUAUGGGCGCUCAGCGAGCACCUCGGUGUGAUCAGCUGUUCGUUUAGCGACAGAAUGAUGGAACUGUCAGUGCACGCUCAAAGGGAAACCUGUAGAUGGCAGUAAUGCAACACUGUGGAUGCCAGCUGCUGUAAAACCCAAAAGAAGAAGGUAAACCUGCGCAUGCGCACACGGACUUCCUCUGUCUGCUUGACUGCGCAAAGCGAGCGAUUUCAUGCAUAUUAUUUGCUUCAAUCCCCUUAAAUUAAAUAACUUCCCAGCCACAGAAUGGCCUGAUAUUUUGUGAGAUAUUACAGAAAUAAACAUAUUUCAGAGGGAACUAAAUUUCACCGAUUUUAUGAAAUCGAAAGGCCGUCUAGCUUUAAUGUUGCUGAUUAACUGCAGUUGCUGCUGCGAGUUUCUUUGAUAGAAUAUGCAAACACUAUUAGAUCUGAUGGUUCCUUGUAAACGCAGGCUGGCAGUGAUAACAUACAAACCUGGCUUGUAUAAACAGGAGCUCCUCCCUCGUGUUCCUGUUUUUAAAUUGCAAAACUACCUCUAAUGUGACUUUUGAAACUUUGGGGGGCAAUUAAAAUCUGAUCUGUUGCUCAUUACAGAGUGAUUAUUUUUGAGUAAAAGACAAAAUCUAACCUCUAAACUUCACCCCAUUUAAAAUGAAUAAAUAAAUUAAAAAGUUCCAGGUGUAGAAUUUCCCAUGAACGAAAUGAGUUUGUCUCUUUCUGAAACUCAGUCCUGCGUAUUUACGUAUUGCACAAAAAAAAUCUGGCUGUUUUUUAAACCCGGUCUUGCUGUCUCGCCGUUGUCUUUGAAUAGCUCCAAAACAAGCUUUGAGUCAGAGUUGUGAAUAGACCUAUCCUACCUCCCAGACUGGGAAUUAAAAAUUAUUCUCUUCAUUAUUGAUAUCCCACUGAUAUCUUAUUAUUGAUAUCCCUCUUGGAACGAUAAUGAAUUCUGCACAGACACUGUAGACAAACUCGGCUUUUGCUAUCUGAAGCCGUUUCCUCUUCAGUGUACUUCCAAGAAAAGCAUUAGCAGUUACCUUCCUGAUUACACAGUGACCACGCAUAAACCUUGUCUCCAAUUAGGAACCUUUCCAAAAGCUGGAUUUUAAACCUGUGUACUUGGCUCUGUCCACGUCUAGUACAAUUGGCCAUCUCAAAAGAAAAAAAAAAAGACAGACUUUCCUGUUCCGUGUACUUGCAUACCUAUCAGGCAUGAUUGCUGUGGGUGUGUGCCUCGGAGACUUUGGCUGCUGGCAGCGGGUAAAUGAGAUUUUAUUGUUAUAUCAUUAUAUGAUGGUUAUACACCAUUGUGAUUACUCAGAAAAUGUAGCAGGUGCAUCAUGGUUACCUUGAAAAUAAUGAUUUAAAAAAAAAAACAAGCUCUGAGGUCAAUCAUCUACACAGAGAUCGGAACGAUAUAACUGAUGCCACUUUUUUGAAAUUUUGUAUUGUCUCUUGUUUGGUUUUUUUUUUUUAAACAAAAUUCAUUUAUCAGAAAAUGUUUACAUUGUACUAUUUAAUCUUUGACCUGUUUCCUGUGUCUUAUCUAAAAGAAAUGAAGGCAAGUUCAAGAAGAAAUGAUUGAUGUUCUCUGCUGUCAUGUGAAACAAGUGAAAAAAUAUGCACAGAGAGAGAGAGAGAGAGAGAGCGAGAGAGCAGUACAGUAUAUUGUGAUGUGUAAAAGUAUUUAACACAGUCCUCCUAGCUACACUGAAUAGUGCUGUGUGUAGUAUAGCUCCUAAAGGGGAAAAAAGAGAAUAAACACUUUUAUUUAUGAA